AUGUUAUCGACAAGUGGACCCUAUUCACUUCGUGUAAUGACGUACAAUAUUCGAUAUGAUACAGUCAAAGAUGGAAAAAAUCAAUGGUCUCUUCGAAAAAAUAAAUUAAUUAAUCUUAUUCGUAAUCGUGCACCUGACCUAUUUGGUGUUCAAGAAGCUUUGCCUAAUCAAAUAAUGGAUUUACAAAAUGCAUUACCUGCUUAUCGUUACUAUGGCGUUGGCAAAAUUGAUGGUAAAAUGAAAGGCGAAUUUUCUGCCAUAUUCUAUCGAAUCGAUCGAUUUGAUCUUCUCAAUAGUGGAACGUUUUGGCUUUCGAAAACGCCAAGAAUACCAGGUAGCAAAGCAUGGGAUGCAGCUGGAACGCGCACAUGUACAUGGGUUCAGUUACGUGAUCGAUAUACAUUUCAGAUAUUUUACCAUUUCAACGCACAUUUUGAUAAAAUGCUAGCGAAAACUGGCAAAAAGUCAUUCGAAUCUCUAUGGCAACCAGCUGCAUUACAGAAAAAUCGAUCCGAAGUCUUCGUGAUGUCAUAG